AGUAGUAGUAGUAGUAGUAGUAGUAGUAGUAGUAGUAGUAGCAGCAGUAGCAGUAGUAGUAGUAGUAGUAGUGGCAGUAGCAGUAGUAGUAGUAGUAGUAGUAGUAGUAGUUAUAGUAGUAGUAGUAGCAGUAGUAGUAGUACUAGUAGUAGUAGUAGUAGUAGUAGUAGUAGUAGCAGUAAUAGUAGUAGUAGCAGUAGUAGUAGUACUACUAGUAGUAGUAGUAGUAGUAGUAGUAGUAGUAGUAGUAGUAGCAGCAGCAGUAGCAGUAGUAGUAGUAGUAGUAGUAGUAGUAGUAGUAGUAGUAGUAGUAGUAGUAGUAGUAGUAGUAGUAGUAGUAGGAGUAGUAGUAGUAGGAGUAGUAGUAGUAGUAGGAGUAGUAGUAGUAGUAGUAGUAGUAGUAGUAGUAGUAGAGGUAAUAGUAGUAGUAGUAGUAGUAGUAGUAGUAGUAGUAGUAGUAGUAGUAGCAGUAAUAGUAGUGGUAGUAGUAGCAGCAGCAGCAGCAGCAGCAGCAGUAGUAGUAGUAGUAGUAGUAGUAGAAGUAGUAGUAGUAGUAGUAGUAGUAGUAGUAGUAGUAGUAGUAGUAGGAGUAGUAGGAGUAGUAGGGGUAGUAGGAGUAGUAGGAGUAGUAGGAGUAGUAGGAGUAUAAGGAGGAGUAGUAGUAGUAAUAGUAGUAGUAGUAGUAGUAGUAGUAGUAGUAGUAGUAGUAGUAGUAGUAGUAGUAGUAGUAGUAGUAGUAGUAGUAGUAGUAGCAGCAGUAAAAGUAGUAGUAGUAGUAGUAGUAGUAGUAGUAGUAGUAGUAGUAGUAGUAGUAGUAGCAGCAGUAAUAGUAGUGGUAGUAGUAGUAGUAGCAGCAGCAGCAGCAGCAGCAGCAGUAGUAGUAGUAGUAGUAGUAGUAGUAGUAGU